CAGUACGCUGCUUCCUGAACAGACUCCAAGCUGGCUGACUAUGACGAUGGGACGGUAAAGAGAUCGGCUGUGAACCUUCUGCAUCAUGGCAGACCGACACAAAUUUGGCCAGUCGACCCCGCCGCUGGUCGAAUAUCUGCAGGAUAUUCUCAACAGGUAUCCAGACGGGGGACAGAUUCUGAAGGAGUUGAUACAGAACGCCGAGGAUGCCGAAGCCAGCGAGGUGCGGUUUCUGUACGACAGGACCCAGUACGGCACCCGGACACUCCACUCUCCCAAACUGGAGCCGUACCAGGGCCCGGCCUUGUGCGCCUACAACGACGCCUGCUUCACCGAGCAGGACUGGAACAACAUCCAGAAUACAGCCAGGAGCGUGAAGAAGGGCGACCCCAUGAAGAUAGGACGAUUUGGGCUGGGAUUCAACUCUGUGUACCAUCUCACAGAUCUCCCGAUGAUCCUGAGCGGACAUCACGUCGCCAUCCUUGAUCCACACGAGGACAUCUUCCGCAUAGACGGCGUUCGGCAAAGCGGCUGUAUCUGGCACCUACAGAAAGAUGCUGAGGAGAUCCAGAGCCUACAAGACCAGUUCUCUCCUCUCAAAAACCUCUUUGAGGGUGCCGAAGAUCCCUUCAAGACCGGAUUCUUCAACGGGACGAUCUUCCGAUUUCCCUUGAGACAGAUGCCGUCAAGACUGUCCAAGACUGUCUAUGACUAUCAGAAAAUCGUGGACUUGUUUGACUCCUUCAAGUCAGAUGGCGACAUUGUCCUGCUGUUCCUGCAUCACGUACGGUCUAUCAAACUGAUGACCAGAGAAGAGUCAGGCCACAUCGUCACAGACUAUCGCGUUUCCAUGAACAGCCAGUCUCAACAAGAAAGGGAACCACGUUUCACUGCUGACGUGAAAGAAGCUCUUGAGGCACCGAUAGACGACCGGGAGACAGUCGUCAGCACCUGCCAGUUCUCAAUGGCGGUAGAUGGUCUGCCUACCCGAAACUGGCUCGUCACAACCUACGUGAAGGGACGGGGGAUCUCAGAAGAGGCAAAGCAGCUGUCUAAAGAGCUCAGCUUGCUCCCGUGGGUAGGAGUGGGGAUGCCGCUGUCCGGGGAGGGGAAGGUUGACGGACGGACGUUCUGCUGCCUGCCGCUGCCUGCAGGACACGAGUCCACCGGCCUGCCUGUCCACGUGCACGGCUUCUUCGGCGUCAGCGAUAACAGGAGGAGUCUGAAGUGGACAGGGACGGACCAGAAGAGCGACUCUGCAGCAAGGUGGAACGAGAUUCUCGUACGGGAGAUCCUACCCUCUGCCUACGCCCGCCUCAUCACCGACGCCACGCAGUACUGUAAGAAAGACGCCCUCUACGCAGCGCUUCCAGACAAGCAACACACUGCUCAGCACUGGGAUAAAGCUCUCAACCCGUUCUUCAAAGACGUUCUCACUCAGAAGGUUGUGUGGACACCAGCAAAUGGUGAGAAGUGGAUCACCCCGAGAGAUGCAGUCUUCAACAGGACGUCUGUUCCAACUGCAGUUCUGGAGUACCUGGUCGGUGCGGGACUAGACGUGGUGACGCUGCCAAAACACGUCAUGCAGGCAAUCGACGACACUUUCUCCCGCUCCGGUCUCAACACAGUCACCCCAGAGCUGCUGAGGACAACCAUGAAGAGAACGGGCGUGCCAAACGGCUCCAGAAAGCACAAACUGACCUGGCUACAGUACGCCCUGGACGACAAGAAGUAUGACGCAAUGGAAGGGAUCGAACUCCUUCCAUUGGCCGACAAGACUUUCACAACGUUCUCAAAAUACGACAAAACGAUCUUCGUCGAAUCUGAACAGCAUCCCAGAACCCUUCUUCCGGGUCUCGAGGGGCGUUUCCUGGACACGGACAUCAACAAACCUACUCUACACCAUCUGCAGAUGGCUGCGACAAAGGCAGAAGAAAAAGCCCGCUCCGGCCAUCCCUGCCUCCGACUACGUCAUCUCACCCCGCAGCUUGUUGCCACUCACCUGAGAGACGCACUGCCACCUGAUUGGUUGCAGGUAAGUCAUGUGACUUGGAGCCCCGCGCGUUCGCAGCAGCCUUCCGUGGAAUGGUUAGCCCAGCUGUGGCGCUAUCUGCUAGUUUACUUUCCCAAAGAUCUAAGCCCCUUCGUCGGCCUUCCUAUCCUUCCCGUAAUGAACGAGACUCGCCUGGUCCGACUCGAGCAGCCCUCGAAGGUGAUCCGUCCCAAAUAUGGCGAAACGACGAUACCUGACGUCAUCAAGAAGCUUGUCCGUGACGUGGACGCCACAGUGCUUGAGGACGCGCCAUCUUAUCUGAACCACCCGAAGCUUGAGGAGUUCAUUCACCGCUGUACCCCAUCAGGGCUUCUCAAGCUCCUGCUUGUCGUCGGAGCGAACAAAGUGAUCCCAAAGGUCGAUGCGUUGAAUUCCGAAGCUAAAGGCGCGCUACGGACUUUCUUUGCCAAAGGUGAGAACCUUUACGACGAGGAGCGCAGACUGCUGGCCAAACUACCCAUUUUUCAAGCUGUUGAUGACACAAACUUGAAACCAAGAUACCUGGCAGCCUUGGAUCCCGGAGGAAGGAUGCGACAGAUCGCCCCAGACCUGACUACUGACCCCCUACCUGAAAGUUUAUCCUUUCCCACAACCCUCAUCGUUACUAACGACCUGGAAUCACAGACUCUUGUGCGGCUUCUUGGUCUCCAACAACUGAGUACAGCACAGCUUUUGGCGGGAAUGAUAGAGAAGGUUCGCCGGAGCGACUACACAAGAGAACAGGUGGACUCUCUCAUGCUGUGGAUUCUCAGGAAUCUCCAUACCUUACUGUACAAGGAUCCGAGCAUCAUCAGCCGAAUCCAAACUUUGGCAUUCGUGACGACCAACAACAACACCAAAGUGACCCCCACCGAGCUGUUUAACCCUGAAGAUGCGGUCUCUGAUGUGUUUCUGGGUGAACCAGUCUUCCCAGGACCACCAUACGCGGACAAGAUCGUACUGACAUCUCUGCUGGAGCUUGGGAUGCGGAAGAACCUAUCUGCACACGACAUUCUACGCAGUGCUAAGAAUGUACAGACCUUCUAUCGAUCUGGAAAGUUGACCCUGUCUGAUGCAAAACGAAAGGCCGUUGCAAUCAUGUCCGUCCUUGCUCACGGAAUGCUCAUGACUCCCGCUAAAACUGCACUCAUGGACGUGAAGUUCUUACCGGUCUGCUCAGAAAGACCCAGGUCCUAUCUACCAGGGUUGAAAUGGUAUCCAGAGACAAACAGCGCCGUAUUUGUAAGCCCAAGAGAGGCUCGAGGUUUGGAGUGUGCAGAGUUGGUCGGCGCGACCAUGCCUAUUGUUGGUGGGAAGAUAUCUGAUGAUUUCAUCUCGGCUUUUGGAUGGAACAAGAACAGAUUGCCGAUCGAGAAAGUUGCCGAGCAACUCAAAAGGGUAUGUACCCAUUACACCAGGUCACCACACCUUCCCAAGCACCAUGUUGUGCAGAUGUUGACCGACAUCUAUCAGCACAUUGACGCCAGGUUGAAAGCAGGAGAGACAGCUGCCCUGUGGUUACUGUCUUCCCCGGGUUUCCCUCCAUGGGUCUGGCAGGGCGACAGUCUGGCAGCACCAAACGCAGUGGCGCUGACCUCCCCGUUCAACCUCACCCUUGACCUUGCACCAUACAGAUUCAUCCUGCCAAAGGAGUUCCAUGACUUCAAACAGAUGUUCAGGAACGCUGGCGUCAAAGGGAGCAUUGACCAAACGGACCUGGUGGAAACGUUGCAUGAAAUUCAAUCGGCGCCGAAAAUGUCGACAGAACGAGAUCUGAAGUUGUCUGUGGACAUUAUAGCUUGGUUAGUCAGCCACCCAGACAUCCUUGAAGAGGUACGAGACGAGAUAUUGGUUCCCAUAGCAACGAAAGACAGCUGUCGUCUGACAUUGGCACCUGUGAGCGAGUGCACGUACAAUGAUGUAUCUUGGAGCGAUGCACAGGAUUUACUAGAUGACGAGGAUGAAGAAUUCAAGCCUCUCCACAAACUGAUACCGUUAGACACAGCACAACUGCUCGAGGUGCCAUCUCUCAGCCAGAGGGUCGUCAGUGCCGAGGAAUUCGGGUUCGACCAGUGUGGGCAGCACGAGAAAGUCACACAGCGUCUCAAGAACAUAUUGAACGACUACCCCGAGGGAGCUGGGAUCUUCAAAGAACUCAUUCAAAACGCAGACGACGCCGGAGCAACGGAAGUGAAGUUCCUUGUCGACUGGCGGAAGAACGAAGACUCCAAAGAGGGUCUGAUCGACCACGGCAUGGAGGUGUGCCACGGACCGGCGCUGUGGGCGUACAACAACGCCACGUUCAGCGAGGAGGACUUCAAGAAUAUCCAGAACCUAGGAGGGCAAACUAAGCUGGAGGCCCUCGAGAAGGUGGGCAGAUUUGGGGUUGGCUUCAAUUCUGUGUACCAUGUUACAGACGUCCCGAGUUUUGUCAGUGGAAGUCGAGUCCUUUUCUUUGAUCCACACGCCACGCACCUCUCAAAACACAUCAAAGAUAAGUCUAGACCAGGAAUCGGACUUGACUUUCAGAAGAACACAAGGCUUGUAAGCAGGUUCAAAGACCAGUUUCAGCCUUUCCAGGAUGUCUUUGGUUACAGCACCAGUACCCCCUACAACGGAACGCUGUUCAGGCUCCCGUUAAGAACACCACAGGAAGCUGCCGAAAGUGAGAUCAGCGACGUGUCGUACAGCAAACCUGGCAAUGCAAACAUGGAAAGCCUGAUCAGAAGUUUCAAGGAAGGCCUGAAACCUCUCCUACUCUUCACCCAGAAUGUCAGACAAGUAACGAUGUACACCAUGGCAGAGUCCGCAGACCCCUCGAAGAUGGUUGAAACUUUCCACGUCUCAAAGUCACCUGUGAAAUAUUUACGGGAGAUGCAGAUUCUGUCCCCUUCUCGCAGAUUGAGCGACAAAUUCCAAAUCCAAAGCAACUGUCUGCUGGCGACGUCAGACGUCAUGAAACGCCAAGGGACCAACAGAAUGAAGGAGUGCCCGGAAACAUCCAUGGUAGUCAAGGUAACCUGCCGAGAGGGUACGACCAACGCCGUGAGUGAGGAGUGGAUCAUCUCGUCCUGCAUGGGCUCAUCGGCAUCACUGAAGUUAGCUUUGUCUGACAGAGGAAAGAAGACCGGACUUGUUCCAUGCGGCGGUGUGGCAGCGUUGCUGAAGUCAAGUGAUGGCAGCCAUCCGAACACCUCCUUGGAUAAUCCCCCAAACGGAGAGGUGUUCUGUUUCCUACCCCUGUCUAUCAGAACAGGCCUGCCUGUCCACGUGAACGGCAGUUUCGCCGUGGCAUCCAAUCGCCGAGGACUGUGGGAAGAGACGAGCACCGACCGGAACGACCUGAAGGUGAAGUGGAACAAGGCUCUUAUGGAGGACGCUGUGUGUAAGGCCUACGUCACAAUGCUUCUAGACCUCAGUGACAUGGCAAAGAAAGGACAGCUAACUCCCUAUCAGUACCACAGCUUUUGGCCUAAUCCCAAUCAAGUGAUAUGUACCACACACAACAGCGCCCUUGUGGAAGCCUUCUACACGGCUUUGUCAUCCUGUAGUGAUCCGCCAGCUCUGUUUGAGUCCAGAGGAAAAUGGCUGAGUUUUACAUCAGCGGUGUUCCUUGACCCUGGAAUCACGUUUUCUCUUCCAGAGAAAGUUGCUGCAAAGGUAGUUUUUCAGCGGUGUCUUCCAGGAAACACUCUCAUGGAGCUCCCUGUAUGGGCAAGGCAAGGAUUCGAAGACGCAGAUUGUGGCAAACUCCUCUCAGAGCACACGUACACAGAGGAACGAUUCUACCGCAAACUGUACUUUCCGCAGAUACAAGAUCUUUCGGAUGAAAUCAGGGAUCCUUUGGUGCUCCGUAUAUUAGGUCGGGAAGAUGGUGAGUACGAUGCACUGAUCAAAACGACGGCUUGCAUUCCAACCAGCCCAGACGGGAAAACGUUGUCUCGACCCGGAGACCUCAUCCACCCCGAGGGGAAGCUCUCCGGGAUGUUCCUAACCGAGGAUCAGAAGUUUCCACAUGGAUCCAAAGACACCUAUCUGAAACCUUCCCGUCUGCAGGUGUUGACAGAACUGGGCAUGUGUAAAGAUGACGCGCCGUGGGACGUCGUCAUAGAGCGUGCAGGGUCGGUAGUUCCUUUGAACAAGGUCAAUCAGAAUGCAUCUCGCAAGCGAAUUGUUGCCCUGUUAGACUUCAUCAUUGAGAAAACGAGGAAGGAAAGAAACAAGAAAGUAUUGGAGAAGACAAGACGAAAGCUGUCCGCGGUUCCAUUUCUACCAUUCAUGCAAAGGCCCCGUGAAUGGCCAUUUGAAUGGAAAGGGUCUGAGUACCCCGCAGACGCCCUGCUUUCUGCCGUUGAACUUCAACCGAGUAAGAACUGUGAGAUUGCAGGCGUUUCCUGUCCAAUAAUGUGCAGUAGAAUUGUUACGGAGAAUGGGAAACACAGCAGCAGAUACACAGUGCCACACAGCAUUAGCAAGUUUCUUGGCCUGGAAGACAAAUCACCCGGUCUGUCUGAAACCUUAACAAACCUUAUGGCUAUCAUCGCCGUAGACAUGGAGACUCUCUCGAAAGAUGCUUGUUGUACGAGAACAUCGUACCUACAAAACCUGGUACAACAUCUCCAACUUUGUAAGGCGUCAAAAUACAACGAGUUUGAAGUUGCUACAAGACUGUCCACGACUCCGUUCAUCAUGACCCAGAUGACGAAGAGAUUUCUCCUCCCGUCAGACGUGUCCUUUGACUUGAAGUUCACUUGUGCGCCCUACCUGUACCGAGUACCUGAUGAACUGGCCUCAGAACUCAGAUCUCUCCUUAAGGUCUGCAACGUCAAAACAGCGUUUGAAGCAUGUGACUUCAUACGGGCACUUGACCACCUGAAGAAAGAUAAAGGAAACCAGAGGCUGAGCUCUCAUGAGGUCAAUCUAGCACUGGAACUGUUGAAAGCAGCCAGCGACCUGGAGGGGGAAGACAUGAAAGAACAGGACCUUUGGAUCCCGGACCAGAGUGGCGUGUUGCGCAGACCUUCUGAGGUAUGUUACAAUGACUGUGCCUGGAUAGAACAGAAAGAUGGCAUGGUGUUCUGUCAUAAGGACAUGUCAAGAGGCCUAGCGGUGGACAAGUUGGGAGUAAAGCCCGUACGACACAAGGCACUGGAGGCGUACUCACACAACCUGUCUUGCUUUGGAUCUGAUUUUGGUCAGGUGGAAAAGUUGACCAACAGAAUCAAACACCUGCUGGAUGCUUAUCCCUUCGGCAAGGAGAUCCUCAAAGAACUGCUGCAAAAUGCCGACGAUGCCGGAGCAACGGAAAUCCACUUCGUUUUCGACAAGCGUCAGCACGACACCAAGCACAUCUUCGACGAUAGCUGGAAGGACCUGCAAGGACCUGCCCUGUGUGUUUACAACAACAGACCUUUCACAGAGAACGACCUGAUUGGCAUACAGAACCUUGGACAAGGCAGCAAGGCACAUGAUCCGGUAAAGACUGGAAAGUAUGGAGUCGGCUUCAACGCGGUCUACCACCUGACAGACUGUCCGUCCUUCAUGACAGGAGGAGACACGCUGUGUGUUUUCGACCCGCAGCUCCGAUUUGUCCCACUAGCGAGACUGGAGUGCCCAGGACGAAUGUUUCGUGGCAUCGACGCCUACCUGAGGCAACAAUACAAGGAUGUGUUCAACUGCUAUCUCAAUGACCAGUCUGAGUUUUCCUCUCAGGAAAACACAAUGUUCAGAUUCCCUUUACGGACGACAACGAUGGCGACCACUUCACACCUGAGUGACAAAGCAGUGACCGAAGAAGUAAUAAUGGACCUCCUUCGCAGGUUCAAAAGUGAAAGCUUUGAAGUCCUCCUGUUCCUCAACAGCGUGGAAAAGAUCAAUAUCUCUAUCAUAGAGAAGGACGGAACCUCGUGGGAGUUCUAUCACGCCGAAGCACUCAUUUCAAAGAAGGCAAAGCAAGACCGACGCAAGUUUGCGGACUACGUGGCUGAAUGUGCUCACAGUGAAGAGCCUCUCCACGAAUUGCCAACUGACCAUGUCACAUACAACUUGGACCUACGUGACAACAAUCAGCACCAGGAGACGUGGAUAGUUCACCAGAGAAUCGGGUUUGAGGACAAGGACAUCCCAAACAGCAUCAAAGAGGCCCACGCAGCAAAGGAGUUGGGUCUACUUCCAAGAGGGGGAGCAGCUAUCUGUCACAACGACUGCAAACAGCCUUUUUCGUCAAAGGCUUCCAAUAAAUCAUGGAGUUAUCAGAAGUGUUACCAUAUGGGGCCCAAGCGCGCAUUCUGCUUCCUGCCACUCCCCAUAGAAACAAAGCUCCCGGUCCAUGUGAAUGGUCAUUUCGCCCUGGACCACGAGGCUCGGAGAAACCUGUGGAAAGACGAGAAUGGAGGGAUGAAGUCGGACUGGAACAAGACGUUGAUCAAAGAAGUCAUCGCUCCAGCGUACGCCGCGGUUCUCGACGCGAAACGAGCAGCUGAAUUUGACGAAGAGCACAAAACAUCCUCAGCGUCAAAGACACGGGACGUCCACAAAUCACUGAAGUCGUAUCACAGUCUCUUUCCGUCUGCAACGGGGACUGACGAGUGGAGGGAGCUUACUGAUGCACUCUAUCAGCAUAUCGACCGCCAACAUCUUCGCCUUCUACCUGUACUGCGGACGAUCAACAGUGAUGCUGAAUCUCAAAGUGAGAAGUGUAGAAAACACAGCAACACCCAGUACAUACUGGAAUGGCUGCCUCCAACAGGAGAUGGGAAAGAGGAAGCAUUCUUUGACACAGUGAAGAUCGAUGACCCAACAUCAUUUUUGACCUCCACAAAGUUGAAAAUAACGGUGUUGGUAGAGACACUCCUGGACCUGGGAUUCAACCUUCUUUCAUGCCCAAGAACAAUAUUUGACUCCUUUAGAAGAGCUGGCGUCAAAGUACAAGAGACUUUGCCUGAGUCAGUGAUCCAGUUUGUUCAGACCCACACAGAUGACAAACCGUUGUGUCAUAUUGGAGCGUCACUUCCUGCUCCACUGAGCACAACCACGUUCAAGCAAACAGAGAAACUUCAAGUGGUCCUUGAAUACUGUUUGUCAGCAAAACACGAAGAAAAACAAGAGAACACACCACAAGGCCAUCCUUUGCCGGCACCAACAAAGACAGAGCAGGAACACGAGCACGCACUACACCGUCUCCCUUUGCUUCUGACAACAGACAACAUCCUACGAGUCUUUGACAUCUCAUGUCCCGUGUUUGCUACAUACUAUUCGGAUCUCGUUCCAAGUGCGCCAGUAUUGUUUGUACACCACUCCUGUCUUGCAGACAUGCUACGUAACAAGACCGACAACUCAGUUCAGCGCUUCGACAUCAAAGCCUUAAGUGAACUGAUGCCACGUGUACUCGACAAGAGUGUGUUCGGAAAUGGGAAGACUGUUAAAUUGUGUCAGUCUCCUGCCAAUCCAUCGCAGCACUGGACAUACCGUCUCUGGUAUUUCUUUGCAGACGAAGUAGAUCGAUGUGGAAUAGCAGGACAAAAGGCAGUCAUCCAAGAGAUCAUGAAAUUAUUUGCCCAAUGGGCUCUGUUGCCGGCUUGUACUCACUCACAGAAGGCAGGGCAGCUCGUUGUGCCAUCUUACCCAGGAGUUCCUUCAGUGCAACCGGGGGAGAGGUACCUAGUCCCGCUGUCCAAAGCACACACUAUAGUGACGUUUGACCAAGGACUACCAUCUGCACGGAAAAACAGAAUGGCAAAAAUUCUGCGCAAACUCUGCUGCCUUGAGCUGAACACGAACAGUCUUCAUGCACCUUUCUCCCUUGAACCUCAUUCUCCAAGUUUACAGUCAAGCUACAAAACUUUGGGGCUAGCAAGGCAGUUCAUCUCAAGUAUCACAGACCAUGUGGGGAUCCUGAGAGUUCUGAACUUCAUCCUAGUUGAGGAAGGACCUCAUACGACGUCCUUGGACACCAGCGAGGCCACUGAACUUUUGAAGUAUUUCGAAGAAGAAGCAGACACACUCAAAACGGAACCAGCGCAUUUACACAUGUUGCGAUCGUUGCCCUUGUACAAAACAAUUCACAACAAACUCAUCAGUCUCAUCAACACACGCCAGUGCCACGUGCUGCCGGUGGGUAUACCAACAGUCGAAAUGGAUGAGUGGAUGGAACGGUCGAACGCGGUCUUCCUGGAGGAAAACUCGAAAGUUGAAAAGCUACACGAGGCCUUGGGGUGUUCAGGAAUCACAGAGGCUGACGUGUACCAACAGUACAUCUUCCCAAACAUGGGUCACCUGAGUGAUGACGCAGUGGCGGUGCAUCUGAAAUACCUAAGAGAUUUGGUGCAGACGUCGCCAAAGGAUGCACGUCAGUCUCUCAUACAAAGGCUAAAACAUCUGCCCAUCAUACCAUCACAUGGAGGCAGACGUCCCGUUAGUGACUUCUACGACGACACCCAUCCUGUCUUCCGUGAAAUGGUCCCAGUAGAGAACUUCCUGCCUGAGCGCUAUCGUUGUGGAGAGGAAGAGGAAGAAGUAGGGGAGUGGAGGCAAUUCUUCAUACAAAUUGGUCUUAACAGUACGGUAACAAAGACCAUGUUCCUACAGUAUGCAAGAGAUGUUGAACGCCUGUCGAAGGUAACCACAAGCGAAGAAACUCAAUUGACACGAAAGUCAGAGGUUUUGGUCGAUCACUUUUUCACCAUGGAGAAGUUGUUGGAUGGGAGUUUCAUUGAAGAACUGUCAAGUAUCCGGUUCAUUGUGCCUGUAAAGGCACGAAGUGCUCUGGUCCAGCUGCACAGUCAAUAUGGAGCCACAGGUGACGUCUUGCCCUUUGUCUGCUUCAAGGACCCUGUGCCAGAGGACGAACAAGAGCUUUGCUGGACCAGGGCGAAUCUUCUCCCCAACGAUGUGACUCAAGAGUUACAGUACUACCAUCGAGGAGAUUCUGAGGGUUUGCGUCGUCGACUUGGCAUCCAAGAACAGCCAUCAAUAGAUACAGUUACUAGCCACGUCACACAUCUUUGCCAACAUUUGGCCCAACAAAAAGCUACGGAGACGGAAGAGGGAGCAAACUCACCCGUAGCCUGCCAAACUCUUUGGGACGUGAUGCUGAAAGUCUACGCUUUCCUUUCAGAGAAAGCCCCUGAUGACAGUUCGUUGAAAGACAGAUUAGGAAACGUGCCAUGCAUGGUGGUUGAACGGGGCAGACGGCUUAUUCGCCCUGACCAAAUGGCGAUCACACUCGAGCAAAAUCAUGAGAUUCGGCCAUACUUGUAUAGUAUGCCCAUGGAGCUUGGGCCAUACAACAAGCUUUUUGUCUCUUUGGGAGCUCCAGAAAAGCCAAUGCCACUGCAAUACGCAAAGAUUCUAGAAGCGCUCUAUGUCUCAUCCAGAGGAGAACCCUUGAACCCCAACGAAAAGAAAGCAGCUUAUCUGGCCGUUUUCGGAAUGUUCCAUCGCCUGACACCUGUAUCGUCCAUUCAGUUCGGGGAAGGAAAACCUUCCAAAACACGAGAAGUCGAGGAUUCCUUUCAGAAGUUACAGUGUCUGUACCUCCCCAGCCGCAGGAGCAGAUUGCACAAAUCCACCGACCUUGUAUUCGACGAUGUUCCACAGUUCACAAAUAGGGUUAAAGAGGGUUUCAACUAUGAUAUCUUGGUUCACCUGGAGGACUGCUACUUGUAUGGUGAUGAACACGAAGUAAUCCGCCGGCUCCCAUCUCAGCUCCAACCCAUGCAUCUCAGUUCCCUCAUUUACGAGCAAGUCUGUGAAGGAUAUGAGCAAAUGGCCUGUGCCAUGGGCACCAAUUGUGUCUUGGAGUCUAGAUUGACAUCAUUGUUCUUGAGCACACACUUUCGACAGGCAAUAGUCCGUCUGUCCAAGCACAGUCUCGGAGAAAGAUGUGACGAGGAGAAAGUCACAAAGGCAGCCGAAGAAUUUGUGUCAUCCAUAACGGUCUGUUGCAAACAGCAACUGAUCACGCGCCUUGUGUACAAGGAAUCACAGGAGCAAAUCAAAGACAGUGAUGGAAAGUCCUCCUGUUUCAUUCAAGAUGGGACCUUGUACGUGUCACAUACAGCCUCAACAGCUACAGGAGAUAUCUUUCAAUAUAAUCUAGCUCACGUGAUCAAUGAUGCGAUGGGGCAUCCACUAGUAGACCAUGGGAUGCUGAUGAUGGUAUUAAGUGUCAACGACCCGUCAGAUAUUCCAGGAAGGCUUGACAUGGCCGGCAUAAAACGUUACACUUCCGGUCAGCAAGAUGACUCACCCCUUCCUACCCUCGGCACUCCCAUUCCGGAAAUCUUUCACCACCUCCUGACGAGCAACCCGGCUCACUACUUCACUCCUGGUGACUAUGUGGGGUUUGAGCUAUACGAUCCAGACUUAGAGUCGGAUUCGCAGGAGGAAGAAGACUAUACCAUGACAUUUCUAUACGCACAAGUCAUCAAAGAAGCGCCUACGGAUAUGGAUCUCAAAUUCGGUCUCGGCAGGAAAUAUGUCAUAGAUCUGGGAGAAACGAAAAGAACAGUGAGCGCGGCAGACCUUUACAAGUUUUGCCGCCCCAGCGUGUCAGGGCCGCUCGUUCCGUAUGAAGGAGAGACAGACGAAGAAGAUUCUUCAGCAGCUAAACCACCUCAGAGUCUUGAAGAUGCAAUGGAAGAGGUGAGCAACAUCUUGGAGGAAGCAUGGAAGCUUCCAGAAAACGAGAGAAAGAAGGUGGUGAGGCGCCUCUAUCUUCAAUGGCACCCGGAUAAGAACACUGACAACGUCGAGUUGGCUACUGAGGUGUGCAAACACAUCCAGGCCAAGAUCAGCAGGCUUGAGAAGGGUCUUCCUAGGAGGACGGGAGGAGCGGCUGGGUCUGGAGGCUUUGAUUUCGGAGGAAGUAGCUUCAGCAGCUCUUUUAACAGGUGGGACUCCCAUGCCAGAUCCCACCGCCGCCAGAGGGAGCAGUUCCGCAAACGCUACAAAGGCAGAAACUUUAGAGGCUGGCGAACCCGCUCAGGCCAGUGGGUUCCCCCCAGGACCGAUGGAGACGGCUUCUCUAACCCGCGGGAGGCGGGCCGCUGGCACCGCCAGGCUACAGCAGACCUACAGGCUGCCAGGGACAACCUAAGCGGCCCCGGUACCUCCUUUGAGUGGACGUGUCUGAUGUGCCACCAGGCGGCAGAGAAAGCUCUGAAAGCUGUGCAACUGGGCAAGUUCGGGAAGUACGAGAUGGACUACCACAUAGGAGGCAUGGCGAUGGCACUGGAGACCAGCUGCGGGGAUGAACUGACCGGUGUCGGCGAUGCCGCCAUGGAGCUGUCGUCCAUCGGGUCGUACCUCGGGUGCGAUGACGUGUACCUGCGGGCCCGCUACCCCAACCUCCACCCGGCACCGAGAGUUCCUCACGACGCAUUCACCCGUCAGCACGCGGAAACCGCCGUCCGCCUGGCGCAGACUAUACUGGACAGGACGGAGGACGCAUUAAACUAACCUACAACCUCCACCCGGCACCGAGAGCUCCUCACGACGCGUUCACCCUUCAGCACGCGGAAACCGCCGUUCGGCUGGCGCAGACUAUACUGAACAGGACAAAGGAAGUAUGGAACUAACAAACCUACUAGAUGAAGAUUUGUUAGUUCAAUACAGAGAACAGAAUUCACAUCCAAAUCAUCGGGACGUUUGAGAGUUAAAACAUUUCAAAUGUGAGCGUCAGAAAAAAAUCAACUGCUGAUUCAAAAGGACAUAUACAUAAGUGCUCCUGUAGAAGCCGCCAAGUGCCUUCAUGUAAAGUUUAUGGAAAGAUUGAAUGAAGCAUCAGUAAAGUUCUUUAAGGGUGAUGAUGGGAGUCAUAGAGUUUAGCUUGAAAUAGUUUUUCGACUUUUGUUAGGUUCCUAGAGUACAUUCCUAGAGUUAAACAGAAAACCAGGUCUUGUAUUGUUUGCUAUAUUUCCUAUGACUAGAUGACGAUUCAGACGGAUUGACUGGAUGAUUUAGCUUUAUAUUUUACCCAGGGAGUCUAAUGAUGGUUUGAUUGAUGUG